AUGUCUUCCACUAGCUCCGCUUCGGCACCCAAUAUCAGCCAAAUUAUCAAUUCCAACACAAAUCGGACGCUGGCGCCCGCUUCCGUUGCCUCUCAGGUUGCGCUGAUGUCAGUUAUCUCGGUCGUUACCAUCGUCGUUUUUAACUUCCUGAGGCCUAGUAACAAGGUCAUUUACGAACCCAAGGUCAAGUAUCAUGUUGGCGAAAAGCAGCCACCAAAGAUUUCCGACUCGUUAUUUGGCUGGUUGCCCCCACUCAUUAGGACCCGCGAGCGGGAGCUUGUUGACAAGAUUGGUCUCGAUGCGGUCGCCUACCUUCGGUUCGUGCGAAUGAUCCGCACGAUGUUCUCGGCCAUUGCUCUCCUCUGCUGCGCUGUCCUCAUUCCUGUCGAUAUAUCAUACAACCUCAAAUACGUAUCCGAAGACCAGCGCGACAUCUUAUCUGUCCUCACCAUACGUGACGUUGAAGGCCCUUCCCUCUUCGCUCAUGUUGCUGUCACGUAUGGCAUCACUGCUAUCGUCAUGUACUUCAUCUGGUCCAACUGGAAGCAAAUGCUCAAGUUGCGCCAAGCUUGGUUCCGUUCACCCGAGUAUAUCCAGAGCUUCUAUGCCCGCACACUUGCUGUCAUGCAUGUGCCGAGGAAGUACCAAAGCGACGAGGGCAUCCGCGCCAUCUUCGAAAGUGUACAGGUUCCUUACCCCACAUCGGCUGUGCACAUCGGCCGUAGGGUCGGAAGACUACCGGAGCUCAUCGAAUACCACAACGAGGCUGUCCGCGAGCUCGAACAGGUCCUUGUUACAUAUCUCAAGGGCGGAAAGAUUGCAAAGGAGCGUCCAACAAUUCGCAUUGGAGGGUUUCUCGGUAUGGGUGGUAAAAAGCGCGAUGCCAUUGACUGGUAUACUGCUAAACUAACCCGCACCGAGAAAGCUAUUGAGGACUAUCGGCUGGAGAUAGACACCCGCAAGCCAGAAAGUUAUGGUUUUGCAUCCAUGGCUGCAGUUCCGUACGCGCAUAUAGUCGCCAACAUCUUGCGGAACAAACACCCCAAAGGCACAGAUAUCACUCUUGCGCCUAACCCUAAGGAUAUCGUCUGGGAGAACAUGAACAAGACUGGUGCUGAGUUGUUCAGGAACAAGCUGCUGGGUGCUAUCAUCAUUACCGUCAUUUGCGCGUUCAAUACUAUUCCCGUGUUUGCCAUCUCCAUCUUGGCAAACUUGUCGUCGAUUUCGGCAUACGUCGCUUUCCUUGGCGAAUGGAAGGCUGCAUCGGAAGGAUCGUUCGCCGUCGUCUCUGGUGUGCUUCCCCCCGCUGUCUCAGCGUUCUUUGGUUUCUUCUUGCCCAUUGUCAUGCGCUGGCUCAGUCAGUUUCAAGGCGCACUCACCCACUCCAAACUGGAUCGCGCUGUUGUUGCUCGAUAUUUCGCCUUUUUAGUAAUUUCGCAAUUAGUCAUCUUCACCCUGAUUGGGGUCGGCUUCAUUGCUGUCCAAACAGUCGUGACUGAAAUUGGCCAUCACGCUAGCUUUGGCGAAAUUAUCCGAAACCUUCGCAGUCUUCCCCAGUCCAUCGGCAGGACGUACAUCAACCAGUCUUCUUACUGGCUUACAUUUUUCCCGCUACGCGGAUUCCUGGUUGUCUUCGAUUUGGCCCAGAUUAUCAACUUGGUCUGGACUUCAUUCCGUACGCACGUUUUCGGUCGGACACCGAGAGAUAUUCGCGAAUGGACUCAGCCACCUGAGUUCCAGUAUGCCAUUUAUUUUGCCAAUAACCUAUUCAUGGCAACUGUUGCACUGAUCUUUGCACCAAUGGCGCCUCUCGUCGUACUGGCUGGAGCGAUCGUCUUCUGGAUGGGCUCUUGGGUUUACAAGUAUCAGCUAAUGUUCGUGUACAUCACGAAGGUCGAAACCGGUGGACGUAUGUGGAACAUGGUAGUCAAUCGACUGCUGGUAGCUUUCAUCUUGAUGCAACUGCUCAUGUGCCUGAGUAAGUCAUCGUUUAUCUCUAUCGGCUUACAAUAUGGCUUUAAGACAUUCUACUGGGUGACGACCCUGCCUCCAAUCGGCAUGAUGAUUGUCUAUAAAAUCUGGCUUGAUAGGAAUUUCUACAAGUCCUUCGCUUACUACCUCCCUAGCGAAGCAGAACUUCGAGAAGCGAAGAUUCAUUCAGACCGUGCCGACAAUCUUCGUAAUCGCCUUGAGAAGCGUUUCGGACACCCAGCGUUGCAUGCCGAGCUCUUCACCCCUAUGCUUCAUGCCAGGAUGAUGCCCCUACUCCCUGAAGUC